CGUUGUUCUUGUGAUAACCGUUACUUACUCAGUUACUCUUUUGCGCAAACACUGCGCAAAGAAAGAGAGAGAGAGAAACACACACAGAGUAAUGAAGAGACAGAGCAGCGCGGUGUCGCCGUCAUCGUCGCGGCGAGAAACUCCGCCGGAGAAGAUUCACGCGAAGACCAUCGGGUGCAUGUCCGGCAUUCUCCACUUCAUCUCCAGCUCCAAUUCCCGUCGCUCUCGCCGCUUCCUCACAUUCGGAAAGAGGCAGAUUAAUAAGAAUCCCGCUUCUACCCCCGCCGACGCCGGAAAUUUGCCGCCGGAAAAUGCCGCCGCCGAUGACCGGAGGCUGUCGUCCGACGUGCCCAGGUGUCCGACUUUGCCAGCGGAGAUUCGACGGUCGAGUGCUAAGGCCCCUCCGCCGGAGAGGCGCCGCGAGGCGCCGGCUCUGGUGGCGAGGCUGAUGGGGCUGGAGGCGGCGCCGGCGGAGCCGACGGAUACGGUGGCGGAGAAGAGGCAGAAGCUUCUCGGGGCGUUGCAGCGGUGCGACGAGGAUCUGAAGGCGCUGAAGAAGAUCAUCGAGACCGUGCGUUUGACCGAUCCUCCUCCGCCGUCGACGCCGUCUCCGUCGCCGGCGUUGGCUUGUAUUGGCUUCGAGGAUAAAUUUCGAACGGUUCCGGAGGUGAAGUGUUCGGUGGUUAACGGGGAGCAACAGCAACCGAGUCCAGUGUCUGUGCUAGACGAGUUCACUCGUUCGCCACUCAGUCCGAGUUGCCACUCGGGACGGCAUUCAUUUCCGCGAAUACAGCACCAGAAGCAGCAGUUGCUAAAGAAGCCAGGAGAGGAAGACAUCAGCAGCACAUACAUCUACGAGAGAAUGGCAUACGAGUCAGUGAAUAGGAAAGUCAACGACGAAGAUCAUUUGGUUAUGUGGAGUAGCAAAGCCAUGAUAAAAAGUGUGGAUGAAGUGUGCAGGGACGUUGCAUGGGGAGAAAAGCGAGAGCUUGGAAGAAUUGGGUUGGCUUUGCAGGAUUAUAUUUGCAGAGAUUUGAUUGAAGAAAUUGUUAGGGAAUUAGGAUGCUUCUACACUCUGCCUUUUGAGGCAUGUAAGAGAAGACUCUGCUUCUAAACUAUAAAUGGUCAUAAUUAUUCGUUUUUAUUUUAAUUUUUUCCCUUUUUACAAUGGGUUCAUUUCAGUUUAAAAGGGUUCAAAUAAGAAAGCCAUGUGCAUUUAUUUUUAUUGUUGGUA